GGAGAAGCUGGGCCAGGCAGAGCAGCCUGCUGGGUCUGAGGCAGCCCACGAUACUUCCGGUUUCUGGUCCCUCGCCCCCCCCCCAGCACGUGGGGGGCGGGGCUUGGCAGGAGCACUUCCGUCCCUGGGCUCACUGGCAUGGAGGCCUCCUGGUCUUCGCCUGUGUGCAGCCUGGACGCUGUAGACCCGCAGCUGCAGCAUUUCGUGGAGGUGGAGACGCAGAAGGAGCGGGUGCAGCCGCUGGUCCAUCACAUGACUGAGCUGUGCUGGGAGAAGUGCAUGGACAAACCCGGGCCCAAGCUGGACAGCCUGGCCGAGGUCUGUUUGGUGAACUGCUUCGAGCGCUUCAUCGACACGAGCCAGUUCAUCCUGAAUCGACUGGAGCAGAUCCAGAAGGCCCGGCCGUUCUUCUCGGAAAGCCUCUCGGACUGAUCUCCGCGGAAGGAAGGACACAGCCGGCGGUGGUGGCGCACGCCUUUAAUCCCAGCACUCGAGAGGCAGAGGCAGGCAGAUCUCUGUGAGUUCGAGGCCAGCCUGGUCUACAAGAGCUAGGACAGGCACCAAAUACUACAGAGAAACCCUGUCUCGGGAAAAAAAAAAAAAAACCUUCUUAGGACACAGCCCAUUAAGUUGCCCAAGCUGUCUCUGGAACUCAAGGAUCUGCAGCUUGGGCAGUUCUUGGACUUCUGAUCCUUAUCACGGCUUCCCAAGGAGACAGGGUUAAGGCCCAGCCCAUCCGGCUCCACUCCUACUUCUAUAAAGGUAAAUCUCUAUUCUGCUUAGACGAAAGAGGAAGAUGGUCCCUGCACACUAAGUUUCGGUUGCCUUUAACCCAGACUCGUCUUUCUGCCCAAAUGGUAUAUCUUGGGUAUGAUAUUCUGAUGACAUACUCUGUCAGGAAAUGAAUGACAAUCCAUUUUUGGUUUCUUUUUCCUCCUUCUAGAAAAAUCUUGAAGAUGCGUUCAUUUACAGAUGUGUAGCUAAUAAUAUAUAUUGCACACUUCUUUCAACUGUAAGCCAUUUUCUUAUCAAUUUACA